AUGGGGAACAACAAUUUCUUCGAUUUCUCAGGGCCUUUAGGAAUUGGGACAUGGGAUGAAGCUAUGCUCUUGAGUCCUAAUUCAUGGCCUUCCAAUCCUUCCGAUCUAUCUACCCAUGGCCCACAGCAUCAACUAGACGCUAUCUCACAGCCUGUUCAUCAGCCACCAGUUAGUCACCAGUCCCCGGGUAAAGGCACCCGAAGGAGAGCUUGUUCCAUCCCAGAGCGCGGACAUCAGCAAGCAGAAGCUGCGUCUACAUCGCCUUUCUCGGCGGAAAAUGCCCCCAAUGGCACUAUCGAUGAAGACUUUCUCCUCAAUACAUUUUUGCAGAUGCUAAUGCCACCAAUCCUUGCAACUACAGAAAUAGGACCAAAGUGGGCGACAACAAGAGCAUUCUUCAACGCUAUGGCCGCGGAAUCUCUCGUCGUUAGAAGUGCAAUCAUGGCUUUUACAGCUAUGCAGAUGCAACGAAGUGGAUUGGGCGGUGAUGCGAUGAAGACUGAUUGGAGGCCGUUAUAUGACAGUGCCGCUCGCAAUUUGUCUAGCGCUCUUGCCAGCAAACGCAAAGAGGAGGGGAAAGAUGGCAUGAAAAUACCACUGAAGUUUUUCCUGGCGUCAUUGUUCUUGCUAACAUAUACUGAUUUACUCACCGAGACACUUCCUAGAGCCCAUGCCAAUCUCCGAGAAGCCUAUACGUUGAUACAGAACGUUGAUAAAACUUCUUUUUCUAUCCCCGAAAGGCGAAUCAUAUCAUGGCUCCGCCUCUUGGAUGCACGUGCAAUUUCGACCGCUGGUGGCGAAGGCUUGUUCCUCGCUGAUACGGAUGAAACCUUGUUCGAUGCAACACCUGCGGCAGACGUCAACGCAGAGCCAGAAACACUUGAUACUGAGAUCGAGGAAAUCUUAUUUGAUGUCCUUUACCACCCAGGCAUUGUGUUCUACCAAAAGAAAAGCAUCUUUGCGAGAAACUUAGUGGCAGCGCUCACGCGUAGUUUUCGCACUUAUCUAGGCCAACUACUACGCGUCAUUCUUACAUCUUCCACCGCGUCGCCUAUGUUCAAGUAUCCGAAAACAAAAGACGAAAUAGAUGCCAUUGUGAAAAUCAAAAAGGGUGGUGCGCAUCUCAUGGCACAAACGGACGAGUCACUGCCAGUCAAUUUACUAUGGCCGUUACUUAUGUGGGGCGCGGAAGAAGACGAUGUAGAGGAACGCAAGUGGAUCGUCAAGGCCAUUCGUGGUCUCGAGAGUAUUGCAACAAACGCAAAGCCUACCGCAGACCUACUAGAAGAAGUGCAGCGCCGACAAGACGAAGGGCAAAGAAGGGUCGAUGUACGAAGCGUGAGCCAAGAGUAUUUUGCGAGCCACCACUUCGCCAUUGUCUAG